CAAUGAGGACUUAGUACACAAAAGCCCCAAAUCCUCGCGUCUUCUUGCGGCCGCUGUUCCUGCCCAUCCAAAGGCCGCCCUGGGGGCGGUGUUAAGUGUGGGGCGUUGCGUUGCAGCGCAGUAGUGUGGUGUAUCACGGCAUAGUACGGCGGAAUGGCGGGCGAUCACUCUCGUAGUCUGGGCAAGGGCAGCGCAGCUCCGGGCCCGGUGCCCGAGGGGGUGAUCCGGCUGUACAGCAUGCGAUUCUGCCCCUUCGCUCAGAGGACUCGCCUCGUUCUCCGUGCUAAGGGCAUCAGGCAUGAAGUAGUUAACAUCAAUCUGAAGAACAAACCGGACUGGAUCUUUGAGAAGAACCCUGAUGGGCUGGUUCCCAUUCUAGAGACUAGCAAGGGCCAACUAAUUUAUGAGUCCCCGAUCACUUGUGAGUAUUUGGAUGAAGCAUUUCCAGGAAGGAAGCUGAUGCCUUCAGACCCAUAUGAGCGAGCCUUUCAGAAGAUGCUUCUGGAACAUUUCUCAAAGAUAACAGCUGUGAUUUCCAAGGCUCUCAAAGCAGGAGAAGAUCUCACAACGCUGAAUGCAGAUUUAGCUGAAAAGUUUGGCAAACUUGAUAAGAUUCUCUCUCAGCGCAACACUGUGUUUUAUGGUGGGGACUCCACCUCCCUGAUUGACUACUUGAUCUGGCCCUGGUUUGAACGCCUAGAAGCCUUCCAGCUGAAGGAUGUUUUGACUCAUACUCCAAAGCUCCAGUGCUGGAUGGAGGCCAUGAGGAAGGACCCGGCUGUUAAAGAUACAAUCACUGACACACAGAUGCUCAGAGGUUUCCUCCAGCUCUAUUUGAAGAACAGUCCAGAGGCAUGUGAUUACGGACUGUGAGAUGUCAGUGGGCACAUGCUUGCUGAUGUAUCAGUGCCUCUCUUCAGUGUGAGCUUUGAGGAUCUAGUGCAAUUUGAUGUGGGGUCUUUUCUGGUUGCAUUUCUUAUUGUUUGGGUGAAUCUAUGCUGGAAAGACUGUUAAACUUCGUUCUUGUUAGGAGGAGGAGGAAGUGGAAAGCCUUUGCUGAUCAUGUAUUUUGUGUGAUGGAAAAUGGUGGUUUUACUCAGAGGUGACCUGUCAUCUGUAGCCUAUUUGCUGGUAUUUCUUUUGGGUGGUCCUUAAACUGGCUCUCUUACUUGAAUAAAAGUUGUAAUGCUGAUGUCUUGAAAAUAAAAGCAAAUGUUUCCUUUAA